ACCCGGUUUAUUCUUCGGCCUCCAAGACAUAAACCUCUUCUCAAACAAAUCUAGCAACUGAUCAAGAAUGUCUUCCCCCAACAAAACCCAAGAACAAGAAGCUCCCUCUUCAUCUGACAAUUGGAAACAGAGGAUUAUAAUCCCCACCAUUCUUGCAGGUAUUGUUGGAGGCGGGGUUGGAUUGGUGUCAAAGCAUAGAAAGAUUCAUGGGCUUUCCAACAUUUCUGCUACUUAUGCUACCAACUUUGCAAUUGUUACUGGCUGCUAUUGUGGAGCACGCGAGUUUGUAAGAGUUAGCAGGAAGUCAACAUCUGAUGAUCUUUUGAACUCUGCAAUUGGUGGUUUUGGUUGUGGAGCUAUCCUUGGCCGCCUGCAAGGUGGUGUGGCGGGUGCUGUUCGUUACUCAUUCAUGUUUGCUGCUGCGGGAACAGCUUUGGACUUUGCAGCUCCUAAAAUACAGUCUUAUCUGCAAAGCUUACAGAAUGAUGAUAGUUGGUUGAAAUUGCCUGAAUGGUCACCUAUCCAAGUACUUGAUGAGGAAGCCCUUGCUGCCAAACGAGAACGAGAACAACAAAUGCUAGCACGUCGGAACACCCUUGAUUUAAACAAAGAAGAAGCCUAAAGAAUAAAACUUUUAUGUAACAAACUCAUCUUAGUCCAACUCUCUAUAUACAUAUGGCACUGCUUCUCAGAAAUGCUAAAAGAGGGUGGUCAUUUUAUUUGGUCUCUUUCCGAUGGCAACCUUGUGGCACAAGAGAGCGACUUGUUGAAAUGUUUUUGUCGGUUGUCAAAUCCUUUUUAUGAGUAAUAAAAGAAAUUUUCUAUGGCUAUAUAAUGGCAUAAUGGAUCCGGCUUUACUUAGAAUCCUCCA